AAUGCCCUGUACAGUAUCCUGCUGUUCCUUUGCCGACCGAUCUAGCCAUGGAAGCGGAAGUUCCACCGGACCGGACAGCAAUACCCACGUAACAGAGAAACACUACGGUUGCUACAAGGCGGGCAUCUUCUUCGCCCUCGCGAUUAUACUCCUGCUGCUGGUCGGCUGUCUGCCCGUCUUUCUGCUCACCACCAACAACAACCUGAUCCUGCUGAUCCUACUCGUGACGCUUCUCUGCAUCGGGCUUGCCACCUUCAUCUACUUCCGCUGGCAGCGCAAUCGAGCACUCGCGAUGCGACGCACGUACGAGCAGCAAAAGUUUGCGCUGACACGCGUCCAUCAUUCUUCCGGCCCAACAACAGGCAUCACCAACAGCAACACCAUCGGCACCGACGCGUCGAAGGAUGAUGGUGGCAUUGGGACGAAACAUAUCACCCAAACCAUACCACCGUACGGCCAGAAUGCAGCAUCCAAAUUAAACGAACCAAUCCGGACGGGACCAACACUGCAAACGGCCAUCAAGCCCGAUCCAGCCUUUGCGGAAGGAACGUUGCAGCGAUCCACCACCAAAAGUCCACCACGAUAUUCAUUCAUCUGAAGCGACAAAACGGGGGAGGGAAACAGUGCUAUAAUGUUGAUAAAUGUGCAGCACACAACUGUG